AUGAAUAAAACAUUUCGAGCUCAUGAUUCAUUUCAUCCCCGAUUCAAAGAAAUCUCUAAUGAAAUUGAGAAAAUCUCAAAAGAACUUCUUUCAUAUGGUCAUAAAUAUGAUUCAAGUUGUUUUACACGAUCAUUAAAUGAAAAUGAAACUGUCGAAUCUGUUCUGUGUGGUCACAGUGAUAGACUUGCAAUUGCGUGGAAUUUUGUUGUCAAUCCUAACAGAUCACAUAUUCAAGCUACAAAAAAUCUUCGUGUUUGUAGAGAUUGUCAUGAAUCAACAAAAUUAAUUGCAAUGAUACGUCAAUGUGAAAUAAUUGUUCGUGAUGCAAAUCGAAUUCAUCAUUUUCAUAAAAAUGGACAAUGUUCAUGUAAUGACUGUUUCUAA